AUGUUGGCUUGUAUAAAAGGGAAACUGAGCAUUGUUCAGCUGUUGUUAGAGAAGAAAGCUGACGCAAAAUUGGUUAAUAAUCAUGGGGUCACUGCAAUGAUGUUUGCUACCUUUUAUGAGCAUAAUGAAACUCUUGAAGUAUUACUGCAUCAUUGCAAGAAAAGAUAUAUUAAUAUUGACCAGUUAUGUGACAAAUCAGGUACAGCUCUUAUGAUAGCAACUUGGAAAGGCAACCUUAAUUAUAUAGAAAUGCUAUUAUCGGCAAAUGCAAAGAUCAACAUCUGUAGGAGUGAUGGGGCUAAUUGUCUUAUUUUUGCAGUUAUGAAGAACAAUUACAUAGCAACAGAGAAAUUUACUGAUAAAUAUAAUGUGAAUUCUCGUUAUAAAAACGGAGUUACUGUUCUCAUGAUUGCUUGCGCGAAAGGUUUCCUAGACAUUUCAUCGCUACUAAUUACAAAAUGGUUUGCUGAUGUAAACUUGCGUGAUUACAAAUACCGAAAUAGUUUAAUGUAUGCAUGUAAUGUCGGCAAUAUGACAUGUAUUAAGCAGAUUUUACAGGCAGGAUCUCCAAUUAAUGAUCAAGACAUGCUGAAAAUGACAGCUUUAAUGUACGCUGUUUAUAAUAAUCACGCAGAUGUUGUGACAGAACUUAUUUCCAAGAAAGCUGAUUUGGAGAAAAAGAACGAAGACGGAGAAACUGCGUUGAUAAUUGCUGCACAAUCCGGUUACAUUAAAUGCGUAGGAAUUCUUUUGAACAAUGGAUGUGACAUAAACGCUUGUGAUAACUUGGGACAAACAGCCCUGAUGUAUGCUGCCAUACAUGGCAAACGUGAUUGCUUGGAGGUGCUUUUGCAAGCUGGAGCUGAUACACGUCUAAAAAAUAAGUCAGGACUGACUGCUUUUUUCCUUGCAGUAAGUCAUUAUCAAUUUGAGUGCGUAUUUAGUCUUGUAAUGUCUAGCGGCAGUAUGAUUCAAAAUCGCCUCACUGUAGAACAGGGGGCAAUCUCUAAAGAAAUAUCUUACAGUUCCAACACCCUGACCAAAGCUUCAAUGUAUAAAACAACAAAAGAUGAACACGAAUUUCUACUACCUCUCUCUGAUGUCAAUAUGAAGGUGUACCAAGACUUAACUCUUCUGAUGUUGGCAACCUACCAUGAUAACCACCAAUGCAUUAAUUAUUUGAUAAAGAACAAGGCUGACAUAAAUACUACCGAUCGUGAAGGUGCUACAUGUUUGAUGAUAGCUGCGCGUUUGGGAUAUAUUUUGAGUGUUGAGGCUUUAGUGGCAUCCGAUGCCAAGCUGGACCUACAGGACGCUGAUGGAGUGACCGCUCUAUUGAUGGCUUUACGCUAUGGAAACAUUGACUGCGCUCUACAUUUAGUACGGGCUGGUGCCGAUGUUAACAUUCCGGACAAAAAUUAUACAACUCCUCUAAUUGAGGCUGCUGUCUCAGAUUAUGAUACGUGUCUAAUUGAAAUAAUUCAAUUCGGAGGUGAAGUAAAUAGUGGUGACCGUUUUGGUCACACUGCCUUAAUGGAAGCGUCGUUAUAUGGUCAAACAAAAUCUGUAGAAAUACUAGCACCUUGUGUGGAUAUCAAUAUUAAAAGCCGUCAAGGAUUGACAGCUUUGAUGCUUGCGGCUAAUUAUAAUCACUUUGAUUGCCUGGAGGUUUUGUUAAAGAACAAAGCUGAGGUAGAUGCAGUUGACAGCGAUGGUGUAACUAGUUUGAUGGUAGCUGCAGGGAAAGGUUACCUUUACUGUGUGGAGGUUUUAGCACAUGCUGGGGCAAAGCUUGACCUACAGGAUAGUGAUGGCGUCACGGCUCUGAUGAGGGCAGCAAAGUUCGGACACAGUGACGUGGUGGAUCGUCUGUUAAAGCUAGGCGCGUCAUGUGACAUUAAGAACUCACGCAAUGAAACAGCGUUUUCAUACGCAAACUUUCACAAGCAUGAAAAUUGUGUACUACUACUCACUUCGUACUUUUCCAAUCAUGAAACAGUACAACCCCCUGUGUUGUUAUUAUUGGCACAAGAAGAUAAGGAUAGGGAACUGAAAGAAUGCUUAGAAACUACGGCUGACGUUAACGUGUGCAAUGAAAAGGGAGAGACGGCACUGAUGCAGGCAGCAUUAGCAGGAUCUACUGGGUGUUUGAUCUUGCUGAUAGAUGCUGGUGCCAACGUUAACCAAGUCAACCAUGACAGCCAGACGGCUUUGUUUAUGGCCUGUAUUAAAGGAAAUGUUAAGUGUUUGGAGUUGCUGAUAAAUAAUUAUGCAGACGUCAGAAUACAAGAUGUCUAUGGAGAAACAGCGCUAAUGCAUGCAGCAUUGGCUGGUUCCACUACUUGCUUGGACAGACUAAUACAGGCAGGUGCUGAUGUUAACCAAAUCAACCAUGACGGCCAGACGGCUUUGUUUAUGGCAACUUAUACAGGAAAUACUGAGUGCAUAGCGCUGCUGAUAAAAUAUGGAGCAGAUGUUAACAUUCAAGAUGUUUAUGGGGUAACCGCAUUAAUGGACGCGGCGAGUAAUGACAGCGUAAAUUGUUUACAACUAUUGAUAAGACAAAACAACGAUAUCAAUAGGCAGGAUAACGAUGGCAACACAGCACUUAUGAGAGCGUCUAAGGUUGGAGCGGAGUUAUGUGUAAAUGAGCUACUAAAAAAUGGUGCCAAUCUCAAUUUAAAAAAUGCCACAGGUAUCACAGCACUUAUGAUGGCUGAGGAUUCCCAGCAGAGUAAGUGUGUCACAAUUAUCAAGAACCACAAACGAUAUGGAACCUAUGUAUAGUUAGAAAAGUAAACUGCGUAUUAAACAAAAUUGUAAAAUAUUCCUAAUUUUGAAAAUUCUAAAUUUAAAUAAUUAAAUUUUUAAAUAAAUAAUAUUAGAAACAAUAUUAAAAUCAAAUAAUUUGAAACAUCUGCCAUCUCUAGUAACAUGAUACGGCUUAAAAUGAGGAUACAAAAAAGAUGAAUUAAU